AUGCUGCAGAGUCAAGCUCCGCACGUCUUUUCGCAUCAGCACCAAUAUCCCCAGGCCGACUCCUCAUGGGCCCAACAGCAUCAGCAACACCAGCAACACCAGCAACACCAGCAGCAGCAGCACCAGUCUCAUUUUCAAUCGCAACAGCCACAGCAGCACCCGUCUCUCGCCGCGCAGCAACAUGCCCAGGCCCAGGCCGCUGCCGCUGCCGCUGCUGCCCAACACCAACAGCAGCAGCAGCAGCAGCACUAUAGCCGUAUCGGUAUGACCGGCGGUGUUAAUAGCAGUUCACAGACUCCUGGCGGUCAGGAAAACGGCAACGGAAUCGCAGGAAACAUUGAUAGCGGCGUGAGCGAGGAAAACAGGAAGGUUCUUGUCUGGGUUGCCGAGCUGCUGGACCCCAACCGGCGAGAGUCGGCGCUCAUGGAACUGAGUAAAAAGCGAGAACAGGUGCCAGAACUCGCACUUAUUAUCUGGCAUUCAUUUGGAGUCAUGACAUCUCUUCUGCAAGAGAUUAUCUCUGUUUACCCACUACUGAACCCGUCUCAACUGACUGCUGCUGCUUCGAAUCGAGUAUGCAAUGCCCUAGCCCUGCUGCAAUGUGUGGCAUCCCAUAAUGAGACCCGAACCCUAUUCCUAAAUGCUCACAUACCGCUAUUCCUCUACCCCUUUUUAAACACAACCUCCAAGUCUCGUCCGUUUGAAUACCUCCGUCUCACCUCACUCGGCGUUAUCGGCGCUUUGGUCAAAAAUGACUCGUCUGAUGUCAUCAACUUCCUUCUUACUACCGAAAUCAUCCCUUUAUGUCUUCGAAUAAUGGAGACUGGGUCGGAGCUCAGCAAGACCGUGGCCAUAUUCAUCGUUCAAAAGAUUCUACUUGAUGACAUUGGCCUAGCUUAUAUUUGUGCGACAUAUGAACGAUUCUAUGCUGUUGGGACAGUCCUCAGCAACAUGGUCACCCAGCUUGUGGAGCAGCAAACUGUUCGGCUACUUAAGCAUGUAGUCCGCUGCUUCUUGCGACUCAGCGACAAUAACCGUGCCCGUGAAGCACUUCGUCAAUGCUUACCAGAGCCCCUUCGCGAUGCCACUUUCUCGUCCGUCCUUCGCGAUGAUGCUGCUACUAAACGGUGCCUUGCGCAGCUCCUCAUAAACCUGUCUGACAACGUCGUCGAUGGCUCCAAUGCUGGUCCCGGAAUGUGA